AUGGACGACGGACCGUUCGCAGGGCCCUCGGACCUCGGGAGAAGCCCUGCGGGGCGCCCCUGGGAGUCCUGCGGGGCGCUCCUGGAGUCGUGCGAGAAGGCUCAAGAGAUCUGGCAAGGUGAUGUGUGGAAGCGGCAGAAGUUCCCGCUGGCCUCCGUCCGGAAGCCCCCGAAGCUGAGUCCAGCUGACCUGGAGAAGUUCAACCCGCAGAAGGGGGAGCAGGUGGAGCUGCGCGAGCUCGCGACCGAGCAGUCGCCCAGCGCCUGGACCACAGCCACGGUGAAGAAGAUUCAGGGCGCCGCUCCCGCGGACGAGGAGAGCAAGUCGGGCAACUUCUACUUCGUUUCGUGCGCCAAGGCCGCCGCGGGCGAGCCCAACGUCAUCGUCGAGAAGGACAAGCUGAGGCCGCCCUCGGCGGGCAUCAGCCUGGCCUCCAUGACGAUCGAGCAGGCGACCUUCGACAUAAUGCCAGAGCUGCAUGAUUGGAUGAACACCGCCGACGCGUCUGGUUGCUUCAGCCACAUCGAGGCGAGGGAUCGUCCAACUUGCAGCGGAGAGUGCUCACAGCAGGCAGGCUGGGGCGGGGCGUCGGGCGGGGCGCCGGGCAGUGGCGUCGGGCUCGACGUCGCGCUGGUCGGUGCGGGGCAGUCUGCCCAGGUUCUGGCGGCCACGGUGGUCCAGCUGGCCCGAGCAGGGCUCGGCGCGGCUACGCAAGGAACUAGUGCUUCCCAGCUCGGCGUGGAUCUGGAGCUCGCCGAAGUAGGCUGGGCGAGGGGGGACGGCCAGGUCGGGGAGGAGGGGGGUUGGAUCCCGAAGGACGAGAAUGGCGGCCGCAAGAUCACGAAGGAGGGGCAGCGUGAGCUGGACACGGUGGCCGUGCAGGCGCAGAAGGCCGGGUGCCCCGGCAGCGCCGCGGAGGCCGGGGUCUCGAGGGCAGUGCCCGGGCCCAUCCAGGUGCGCGUGCUGCCCAAUGGCGGCGCCGGGGACGGCCGUCUCGUCGAGGUGCCCGAGGCCCCGACGGCGGGGGCGGCGCUGGCCGCCGCGCUCUGCGGGCACCUGCCGUGGGCGGAGCGGGGCGAGGAGCCCUUCUUCGUCUCGGAGCGAGCCGUGGUCUUCGCGCCAAACCGCGGCAACCUCGACUCCGCGGCGAUGCACGCGGCCCUGCAGGAGGAGGAGCGCCUGUUCGUGGUGCCCCGCCACCGGCAGUUCGUCCACCCUGCGGGCGAGCCGGGGCGCAGCGUCCAGCUCCAGGUCUCGGGCGCCGACGGCGCGCCGGUCGUGCUCACCACGCUCUCGAGCAGCCCUCGCGUCUUCCACGUGUCGAACCUCCUAGAGGGCGAGCACAUGGACAGGCUGAUGGCCGAUGCGAGGCCGAAGUUCAAGCGCUCCACCGUGGGCGAGGCGCCGGAGGCUGCCAAGGGGAUCCACGUGGGCGGGGAGCUCUUCGACAAGGCCGCGAAGACGUCGACGAGGACCAGCGAGAAUGCCUGGGCCAUGACGGGCGACGCGGCAAUGACGAUGAAGCGGCGCUCGCUCGAGAUGCUCGGCAUCCAGACCGAGACGGGCGGGUACGACGAGCGGCUCGCGGACGGGCUGCAGGUGGUGCGCUACCUGCAGGGGCAGGCAUACCACGACCACCUCGACCACAUGCAGGACUUUGAUCCGCUCUGGAACUACAACGCCUGGCGUCCUCCUGACGUGAACGGCUCCAACCGCAUCGCCACGGUCUUCCUGUACAUGACCGACACCCCUCUGGGCGGCCAGACGGUCUUCCCGCUGGCCCAGCGGGUGCUGACGGAGGGCUCGCGGAGGAUGCUCACGGACAACGCCUCGCGCUCGGGCGACGAGCUCGCCCGGGCCAUGGAGGCCGCGCUGGGCGGCAGCGGCUGGGAGGUCUCGAUGGCCCGCAGGUGCUUCGAGAAGCUGGCCGUGUUCCCGCGGCGCGGCGACGCCAUCGUCUUCUACAGCCAGCACGCCGACGGCCGCGUGGACCAGCAGUCCCUGCACGGCGGCUGCCCCGUGCUCGAGGGGGAGAAGUGGGCCGCCAACCUGUGGGUGUGGAAUGCGCCCCGCAAGGGGACGGUCGCCGCGUCCAACAACGAGCUGCACCUGACCUUCACCCUGGCGCGCGGCGCCGGCCUCGCGGCCCUGGUCCGCUGGGUGCCCGCGGACGGCCAGCAGGGCAACCAGGUGGGCAAGCUGCAGCCCGGGGGCCCCGGCGUGGCGGUGAAGACCUUCGAGUCCCACCGAUUCGACGUCUUCAAGGCCUCGGAGGACAAGGACGGCGAGGGCGAUGCCCUGCGGAGACUGGGCACCGUGGUGGCCAGCACCCGGCGCGGCCGGGUCCAGACCUGGGUGGUGUCGGAUGGCGGCGUGGAGCUGCAGGGGGGUUCGGCAGAGGCAACCGUGCCGGCGAAGCCGGAGCUGUGAGCCCCGGCGCACAGCUCGCAAAAAGCA